AUAAAAAAAUAAAUAAAAAUAAAAAUUAAAUGAAAGUCUUGUGCUUUCAUCAGUCUAAGUCGUCUCUGAGCUUGACAAAAAUGGCCGGCUUGUUUGACCCGUUAAAACCUCUCUAAUAUCAUCAUCUUCUCUCUCCAUCUCCCCUUCAGACCAAUCUGAGAAUUUUUCCACCAAAGUGAUUUGCCCAUUCACACUCUUUCUAUUUUCUCUUGUUUAUUUGGGGAAAAAGUUUGUUAAUUUGCCCAUAUGACUUUAAGGUGUAAACUUAGAUGUGGACUUGCUUUUCUAUGAACCGAUGGAGUUUUCAUUUUCUUCUGCAAAAGAACCCAAAUUCAAGCUCUGAUUCAAGAACCCUUUCAAGGGUUUUUAAAAAAUUUCACUCUGGUUUCUGAAUUUGGACUGUGGAUUCUCAGUCCUUGUUAGGUGAGAUCAUUGGCCAGCCUCAAAUUGGGGUUUUGUUUUUUCUUGUUUGUAUUGGUUUGGGGAUUCUGGUGGCUAUGAAUCCCAAGAAUAUGGUGCUGAGUAGCAGAGUUGUUGAAAGUUUAGCUUUUAUUCUUUUAUGGUUGGUUCUUCAUUCUAGCUUUUGUCAUGGUGUUCAGAGUGAUAUUGAUUGUUUGAAGAGUAUAAAGGAUUCAUUAGAAGACCAGUUUAAUUAUUUGAACUCCUCAUGGAAUUUUAACAAUAAUACAGAAGGUUUUAUCUGUAAGUUUACUGGGGUAGAAUGCUGGCACCCUGAUGAGAGUAAAGUUCUAAAUAUCAAGCUUGCUGCUAUGGGACUCAAGGGUCAAUUUCCUAUAGGAAUUCAAAAUUGCACAAGCUUAACAGGCUUAGAUCUUUCAAACAACAAGUUUUAUGGUUCUAUUCCUGAAAAUAUCUCUAGAAUGAUUCCAUUUGUGACAACUCUUGAUCUCUCAUCAAACAAUUUCUCAGGGUCUAUACCAAAACUGCUCUCUAACUGUACUUAUUUGAAUGUUCUCAAACUUGAUCAUAAUCGGUUCACGGGUCAGAUUCCUUUAGAGCUUGGCCAGCUCUCGCGGAUUAAAGAAUUCAGUGCUGCCAACAAUCUUCUCACUGGGCAAGUGCCAAAAUUUCAAUUUGCAAUUACAGCACAGAGUUAUGCAAACAAUCCGGGACUCUGUGGGGAAAUUUUGGAUCCUUGUGAAGAGACUCCAAAGAAAAAUCGGACUGUAAUUAUUGUGGCGUCAGCUGUUGGUGGUGUGACUUUUGCAGCAUUGGCUGUUGGGGUUGCUUUAGCCUUCUUCUUCCGUAGAGUGGCAGUGAGGAAGAAGGAAGACGACCCCGAAGGAAACAAAUGGGCAAGGAGCUUAAAGGGAACUAAAGCAAUCAAGGUUUCCAUGUUUGAGAAGUCAGUUACAAAAAUGAGAUUGAGUGAUCUCAUGAAGUCUACAAACAAUUUCAGCAAGGACAAUAUUAUAGGAUCCGGAAGAACUGGAACAAUGUUUAAAGCUGAGCUUGAAGAUGGCAGUUCUCUAAUGGUCAAGAGGUUGCAGCAAUCUCAACACUCUGAGAAAGAGUUUUUAUCUGAGAUGAACACUCUAGGGAGUGUAAGAAACCGUAACUUAGUCCCACUUUUAGGAUUUUGCAUGGCGAAGAAGGAGAGGCUUUUGGUUUACAAGCUAAUGGUUAAUGGCACCCUACAUAAUAGGCUGCAUUUCUUGGAAGAAGGCGAUAAGCCUUUGGAGUGGCAAACAAGGCUCAAAAUUGGAAUAGGGGCAGCUAGAGGAUUGGCAUGGCUGCAUCAUAACUGCAAUCCCCGUAUUAUUCAUCGAAACAUAAGCUCGAAAUGCAUACUGUUGGAUGGAGAGUUUGAGCCAAAAAUAUCAGAUUUUGGUCUUGCUAGACUCAUGAACCCGAUUGAUACUCAUUUGAGUACUUUCGUGAAUGGAGAAUUCGGCGAUCUAGGCUAUGUUGCUCCCGAGUAUGCAAGAACUCUUGUAGCCACACCAAAAGGAGAUGUGUACAGCUUUGGAGUUGUGCUUCUGGAGCUGGUAACCGGUGAGAGACCCACCCAUGUUGCGAAAGCUCCAGAAAGCUUCAAGGGAAAUUUGGUGGAAUGGAUAACACAGCUGUCUGGGAACUCUGAACUGAACGAUGCCAUAGAUGAAUCCUUAACUGGGAAAGGCGUAGACAGCGAGCUUUUUCAGUUCCUUAAAGUUGCUUGUAGCUGUGUAGUGGAAACUGCAAAGGAGAGACCUACAAUGUUUGAAGUAUACCAACUUCUAAGAGCCAUAGGAGAGAAAUAUCAUUUCACAGCAGAGGAUGAUAUAUUAGUUCAAACCGAAAACGGUGAUGCUGGUGUACUAGAGGAACUCAUUGUUGCUAGAGAAAACUGAAUGGUAAUUGAAAAAGAUGAACAUCACUAUUACUCAUUUGUAAUUAUUUUUGCUGCAGUAUUGUUAGUUGUUACUAUUACAUAUUUUGGCUUCUUUAGGUAACUUGUUACUUUCUACUAGUGUAUGUUAAGUUUGUUGUAAAAUUCUAGUAUUAUUUUACAAAACUGUGAAAGUUAUAUAUAUAUAUAUCUAUAUAUAUGUCUCCCUCAUGUGAUGAUCAUAUGAAAAUAAUUCAAAUAUUUCUUCUUUAGUCAAA